AUGACCGACGAAGAGAACAGCAUCUCCUUCAAAUUUCACGUCGAACCCACGCCUCUUCUAGAAUUCAAAUAUAAGAACAAGGACGACCUUUACGCUAAAUUCCUCAAGAAAGCAAAACGUCUUGGCUUCCCGGUUGAUGGCGUCUUCUACUGCGCCGAUUAUGAUGGCGAUAUUGUCGUCGUUAGAAAUGCUGACGAUUUUUUUGCUGCUAUUGACCAUAACUAUAGCGCUAAAGCCUACUUUCCUUGUCCGCCAAGACUAGAUCUUCGCUGCACUGAUUCCGAUAAGGAGGAAUGCGAAGUCACAGACAAAACCAAAGGGAAACGAGCGUCAAAGAAGAGCAGCGACUUCGAAAGCCACCAUUAUCCAGUGCCAUGGGGCUAUAAGACUUACAUGGAUUCUGACCACCGGCCAUACUUUGAUUCCAGAUGCUACACCAUGGAGCCACGAUGCCAUUCACACAGACAUUGCAGUUGCGAACGUCUCACCAAGGAUUUUGAAAAGCUAUGA